ACCCAGAUAUUGAAUUUGCUCACAUUAUAUUUACGUAGAUCUACUUUCAUUUUGACAAAUGAACCAAGGCGAUUUCAAACAUUAAAGCAUGUUUGGUCUUAUAGUAGCAGGGCGUCUAGUCCAGACUGACGUGACACAGGUAUCAGAGAAUCAGUUUUUAUUCAACAUCCCAGAUGCAGACGACAUCAAUCACUUGGUGAUCUUUCUGACCGGUCAGAUUCCAUUCCCUGAUGGCCUUGGAGCAGCAGUGUAUUUUUCCUUCCCUAAUCCACAAGGACAGUCCUGGGCCCUGCUGGGGCAUAUUACCAACACAAAACCAAGUGCAAUAUUCAAAAUCACCAACAUCAAAAAAAGUUCUAUGAUAAACGAGAACCCAUUCUCCCAGACCAUGCCUCACGUUUCACACAUGGGUCAGGUGGGGAUCUCUGUCGAGCCCCUCACUCAGCUGGCUCAACAGACCCCUGAGGCCGGAACCAAUGUCUCCAAAGUAGACUCGUUUGUGGAAUUCUCACAGAAAAUGCUAGAGAAUUUCUUUAAUUACGCGACUUCGUUUGCCGUCACUCAGUCUCAGAUGACAGCUAAUCCUACCGAGGCCUACGUCACAUUGAACGUCGUCCAGAACUGGUUCCAGAAUUUCCAGCGAAGGUUGCAGCAAAACCCGUAUUUCUGGAGGCAAUGAGUGGACAUGCAUGAAUGAUCAACAUAUUGAAUUGUGUGCCUUGAAUGUUUUUAUGUUACUGGUCGGGUUUAAAUGGAUCAGUUUUUCCUGCAUCAUCUAGUAACUUACUUUGUCAUGUAUGACAGAAACUGUGCCAUGUAGUGUUAACCUUCUAGUGCUAGUAAAGUAUACAUUUUGAUGUUGUUUACACUAUAUAAAAUAUUUAAGAUUUGAAUCCUGGAUUUGUAUGUGAAGCAACACAUGGUAUUCUUGAGGUACUGUAGCAGUACUUGUAUAUAUGUGACUAAGGCAUUGUGUUCAUUAAUAUGCAUGAAAUCCUAUAUGAAAGUAUUUCAAUGCAAAACCAGAACCUACCAUUUUUACUUACCUAUGAGUUCUGUUUUCUAGUGUGCUUCCUCUUUUUAUUUACCUACAUAACACAGGGUUCAUGUCAAGCCAUUUCCUUUGUGUGUAUUUUUAACAAGGAUUUAGUACUAAGUAUAUUAUUUUUUAAAAAAAUUGUUAGUAGAACCAAAACCAUGGAAAACAUUAUUGAACAUUAAGAAUGUAAGUAAUAUCCAGUGUUGUAUGGGCUUCUUUUGACUUGAUAGUUCUAAUUACACUUUCAGCAUUUGAUAGAGAUAUGGUAAUAAAGAUUCUAAAAAUUGUCAACCUAAAUAAAAAUUACUCAAAUAAUUGUGAAAAAAUAAACAAAACACCUUUAUGUACCAUAUAUAUGCAAUUUUAACAUAACUUUCACUUUGUACAAAAGAAAGUAAUUAUUUUGCCAGGGGUUUACGGUGUGUCAUAAUUAAAACCAGGGGGCGACGGAACCUGUAAGCUUGUGUCAAACUCUUAGGUCUGCUAUCAGAUGACUAUCAGAGCAAGGCUUUCUUAUUUCUCCUAGAUAAAACCAAACGCAAAGUACAAAAGCUGAGAAUAUCAUGCAUUCAUUAUUAAUGCACAAUCUUAUAAUUCUUCCUUUCUUUGCUUAUUUAUAUUUUUUGUGCCUUAGAAUCGAUUUCUUGUAUUAAUUAACCCUUAAUAAUGGAAAAUGUUGAUCAAAAGGUAUAACUUGUAAUAUGAAAGCUGUUGUUGAUGUUUCUGAAAUACAUGCAUAUUUUAGUUGCAUAUCUACGUUCUGAUGAAAUAAAUGUGAGCUGAUUGACUCAUACAAGGAGUGUUCACAAAAAAUAGUGCUAUCUUUUGUUCACAAAAAAUAUUUCUAUCCUUUUAGUGUUAUCUGAUUGAAAUAGUGAUGAUUUACGUGUAGAAAGUUGUGUUCAGCUGUUUUCUCUGUUAUCAUAUUUAACCUGCACUUGCUUGUUUCAAAAGUAACUGUCUUGAGAAAUGAAGUAUAUGAUUGUAAGUACCGGGAUAUUACCUAGUACAUUGUACAUGUAUUCUAACGUAUGGUAGUCUAGAAAACACCAACAAUAAUUUUCAAUGUUAUAAAUUUCAGAUAACUUAAGUAAAUAUUUUGCAUUUGAAUUUGUCUUGUUUGCAUAUCAUGCAGUAGGAAAUAGCAAAGAAGUGGUUAAUGUCAUUUGAAUAUUUUUUUUCUUUCAAGUUAUCUAGAAAAAAAGACAAAAGUUGUGUGUAAGAACUUGUUUGUGUAGUGAAAAUUCAAGUUGUUCAGAUCACAUUAAGUUUUCAUUAUAUUGUAAUCUCAGCAAGAUUUGUUGAGACUAUAAAUUUUGUACUGACAUAUCUUCCUAUGCAAAAGAGACAUCAGUACAAAAUAUAUAGUCUUAACAAAUCUCACAUAGAAUACAUAUGUUGUACUGAUUUGAUUUUCUAAAUUGCUUUGGAAUUGUUAAGGAUUUUUAAAAUUACCCAUUCUAAAGGAGCUUUUGUAGACCUACACUUGAUAUACUUUAAUGACUUUGUAAAAAGCUAUUCCAAAAAAUAAAGUUAUCCUGAAGUUACAGAA